CUAGUAGUGUUCAACUUUUGGAAUUUUUUUAUUAACGAAAUCUUCAUUGCGCGUAAUUAUGAAUUAGUUUUGCUAUCCUUGCCAAUUACGCGCAGUUUUUCUUUAAUUUUUUCAGGUCAAUUUUCAACGAUUUGGCGCUGAAUUCUUUCAUGUGUAUAACGUAUCCAUUUCAUAAAGCAAUAACUCACUUGUAUACUUAUACUUACAUUUACGCAUGUGCUUUUUGCUUUACAAAGGUGAUGGAGAUUAAAUAAAUACAUUAGUGAAAUACUUUCUGACCUCUUGUGGAAAAAACGUCUCUUCUUGAUUCAUUGAAAAAUAUCAACGAUAACGUCAAAUUGAAGGGAAAACAACCUGGAAGAUUCCAUUUGUAACAGCAAAGACGUCGCAAAUUGCGUUGUUUGGAAUCGAUGAUUUCCUCGGUGGAUUACUAAUCAUUAUUAUUAUUAUUAUAUAGUGCAGUUGCCUGAAUUAAAGAAUCUUUAGAAUAGGAUGAUAAUAUUAUAAUUGUUCAACUGAAUCACCACCAAGGUUGACACUAUUACAUUUUGUAAAUUAAAACGAUUUAUUACGCCUAUAUUUGGAUCCUAUAGUUUACAAAGCGGUUUUGUGUAAUUGUCAACAAGUAAUCUUAAUAUUAACAAUGUCGGCGAAAAAUACAAGUGGUGCUUGUCUUAAUUCUAACAAAUCACUUCCUAUUGACACGGCAUGCUUAAGUAUCAGAAACUACAAUGAUCAUAUUGUGACAUUCUUCAGCAGGUUUGUGGACUGUCACUAUUGUUCUGAACAGCCAGUUGUAAACUUACCUGCAAACAGUAAUACGACUAUUCAGGUAUCCACAAAGUAUCCAUUGCAAUUUGCAUACAAUGACACUGUAGGAGGUGAACAAUAUUUUUGGUGUAAUAAAAAUUAUUCUUUUAAAGAGCAUGGAAAAUAUGGUUGGAAUUUGUAUCCAGUAACAGGCAACUGCUCUGAUAUUUAUCCUUUAUAUGAACCAUGGAAUCCAUACUUGCCUCUUCUUGCUGCGGCUAUGGCAUAUAUUCUUGCACUUAUCAUAUUGUUUACAUCCAGGUUGAUUAUAAAUACAGUAAAAAUAUAUUUAAGAAAGCCAGAUGAAAGCCAAAGUGAUUUUGAUAGACUGCAAGAAUCAGAAAGUAGUCCUCCAAUGCUUUCAGUUUCAAAAACAAGUAUGAGAAUACAAUCUUUAGAUGCACUAAGAGGAAUAGCAGUUUUAUUGAUGAUAUUUGUAAAUAAUGGAGGUGGGGAGUACGUCUUCUUAAAACAUGCAGCAUGGAAUGGUUUAACAGUUGCAGAUUUAAUUUUGCCUUUUUUUGCUUGGACCAUGGGCUUUACAGUUGUAAACUCGGUAAGAGUGCAAUUGAGAGUAUCAAUUUCACGUACAAGACUAGUUAUAAAGCAGCUUCGUAGAACUGCUUUUCUGAUACUCUUUGGUUUGUUAAUCAACUCUCAACAGAAAUCUUCACUAGCAGAAUUGAGAUUUCCUGGAAUAUUACAGUUAUUGGCUAUCUCAUAUUUUGUUUGCUCAAUGAUUGAAACAUGCUUUGCAAAUGCUCAGAGGAACUUCCAAUUUGGAAGAUUUGUAUUCUUACAGGAUAUUUUAGAAAGAUGGGCUCAAUGGUUAGUUGUGCUUGCUAUAAUACUCAUUCAUACUUGCAUAACAUUUCUUCUACCAGUUCCUGGAUGUCCACGUGGAUAUUUAGGUCCAGGAGGAUAUGAUCAUUUUAGUAAAUAUGUAAAUUGCACUGGUGGAGCAGCUGGUUACAUUGAUAGAACUAUUUUUGGAAAACACAUAUACAUGAAACUAAAAAAUCCAAUUUAUGGUUCUACUCUUCCUCAUGAUCCAGAAGGCCUUAUGAAUACUAUUUCGGCGAUCAUCAUUGUUUUCUUAGGAGUUCAAGCAGGACGUAUUUAUGUAACUUACUAUCAAGCAAAUUCUAGAAUUAUCCGAUGGGUUGCUUGGUUUGUGGGAACUGGUCUUAUUGCGGGAAUAUUGUGCGAUUUUAGUAAAGAUAAUGGAGUUAUUCCAGUAAAUAAGAACAUGAUGUCAUUGUCUUACGUUCUAUGUACAUCAAGCUUCGCCUUUCUGCUUUUUGCUAUACUUUAUUAUUUGAUUGACCAUAAGAAAUAUUGGACUGGCGCACCAUUCAUUUAUGCAGGCGCUAACUCAAUAUUAUUGUACAUUGGUCACUACGUGACAAUGGGAUUGUUUCCAUUUGCCUGGGAUAUUCCUGGCACAUUGACUCACAAAAGUGUAUUAGCUAUGAAUUUGUGGACAACCGUUUUGUGGGCAUUUAUAGCUUACGUUUUAUACAAAAAAGAGAUUUUGAUAUCUAUAUAAAAAUAUCGUCUAUAUAAAAAUACCAACUGUUAAUUUUCGAAAGAUUAAAUCCUAAGAAGAGAAACAUACAAAGAAGAGAGGAUUGAUAAUAUUUUAAGUAUUGUGAUAUUCGCUAAUCUAUUAUGAAGAGAAUUUACUGCUGUGUCUAUCGUUUUCGAAAUUUAAUCUAAAUGCGCGAAAUUAGUAUCUUGUCAACUAAUACAGUAUUUUAUAACUUAAUCGAUACAUUUAUUAUUUCACAAAAAGUAGAAAAUUAUAUUUUUUAUAAUACAUUUAAUAUUUGCAUUACAAAUUAUAAAUUAUGUAAAAAAAUUUUAAUACGCCGAAAAA